UAUGAAUAGUUUAGGAACAGUCAAUUGCGAUCUGGAUCAAUACGAUGAGGCUGAGAAGAACUUUUGUGAAUCAGUUGCUCUAUACAAAAAGCUGAAUGGAGAUAAACAUUCUUCAGUGGCAGAUAAGUAUAAUAAUUUGGGAAUUGUUAAACGAAAAAAAGGAGAAUUUGAAAAGGCCAUUAAGCAUUAUGAAUCAGCAUAUCAAAUCAAAGAAUAGAUAUUUGGAGAAAAUAAUUUAGGAGGCGCAGUCAUUUUAUAAAACAUAGCCAUUGCACAUAAGAAAUUGAAGAAUAUGAUCAAGCUAUCAAAUAUUUUAAAAGUGCAUUGCAAAUCAAAAAACUAUUAUGUGGAGAUCGCAGUCCAAUCCUUUGUUCAACUUAUGAUAAUUUGGCGAGAAUUUAUUAUGAAAAAUAGCAGUUUGAUAUGGCAAUCUCAUUCUAUUCAAUUACUGCUGAAAUCUAUAGGAACACUAAUAGUCUAAUUAAUAGAGAUUAUCUGAUACUCUAUUUGAAAUAGCC